GUUAAGGCUUUAGUACUGCAAGAGCAGAAAGGUUAACGCCAAUGCAGCAAAAAGGCAAGGGAUCAAGCUUCAAGUGGUGAUUGCGCGCGCGCAUUGCGUAUGGUAGACGCCAUAUAAAGCAUAUGUAGUCUCUGCAGGGCGCGCCAGAGCGCAGAACCGACUUCCAUGCCGCCCCUGGAGCAUUGACGCCCAUUGCACGCUGCACCGGCUCCAAGCUACACAGCACGCAAGGCUCCCUCUUUCUCUCUCUUCUCUCAAAAUGGCCCCUAAGGAGCAGAAGUCGAAGGAGGCCAAGGCCCUUGCUGCGGCCAACAGCAGCAAGGGUAAGCGGAAGAAGUGGAGCAAGGGCAAGAUGAAGGAGAAGGUCAACAACGCCGUCCUGUUCGACAAGGCGGUGUAUGAGAAGCUGCUGAACGAGGUGCCGAAGUACAAGAUGAUUUCGCCCUCGGUCCUGGCCGACCGCCUGCGCAUUGGUGGCAGCCUCGCUCGCGCUGCCAUCCGUGAGCUGUCCAACAAGGGCCUCAUCAAGCCCAUUGUUCAGCACCACGGCCAGAUGGUCUACACCCGCGCCACCGCUGCCUAAGCGCGUGCUGUAACACAAAAUGGCG